CCGAGCGAGCAUUAUUCUCGCCUGCCGCCGCCAUCAUCACGGUCCUGCUCGAUCACGCAGUGACAUCGGCGGGUGCGCGAACGACAGUUGAUGCGUUUAGCUCUGCCUAGCUAUCGAAACGACUCUAUAAAGGGUCAAAAGUAAAAUUAUCAGGAACUCGUGUGAACCAAUACCCGCGCGGAUUUUGCUUUCUUCCUUAUACAAUACCGACAGCAGAACGCGACAGCGAGAAAGAUGACGAUAUCGUGAGCUCUCGAUGUAAUGCCAUGCUAUUAAAUACUUGCAGCAGCGAACAUACAAUCAUCGGAUAUUCGAUCACGAGUCAGCAUCGUAAGUCGGUAUUGUUUCGCUUACCGAAUGUUUUGUUUUAUUCACUGGUUGACCAUGUCGCUGGAUAGUUACCAAACUGAUCAACCAGUCGUCAGCGCACCCCGGCUUGUGUGAGCUAAGGACCUUUGCGAUUGUAUCGCGGCCUCUGUUGUACGGACUACAGACAGAUCGGCAGUCGGCCCGUGUCGCGUCUCGUGUCGUUCUUACAUUUUGUCUUUUCCUCUGUUUCACCGCGUGUCUUCAUUUGAGUCUGUGCUUUUCCUCUGUGAGGUGCUACAGCGAACGCUCCGCUGCGUCAACUAGCGUCAAGCGUUGAUGCGGCCAAACAGCUCAGUCAAUGGCAAUGGGUGUUGUCCUCUACCAGGGAAUGAACUAGCGUCACUGAAAUAGACAAAAAAUAUUGCUACUAGUACUACUGUGCCUGACAUUGUGACCGAGCUCAAUUGCAGAUCAUUGCCACAGCACUGGUGGCGACCGUUUGCGGUUGGCCUAUUGGGUUUUGUGCGCGACUGCGACGCAUUGCACCUGGACAGCAACGCUAGUGACCCGGGAAGAACGCAUCGCUUACAGGCAGAGUCUUACAGGCAGGAACCACAAGGAAUAAGGCAAGGAUCAGCUCAAGCCAAUAACGGGAUUCUUAAGAGGCCUUGGGGGGAAACUGAAACCCAGCAUAUCUGGCCUAUAACCACGGCGAUGCAACAUUCAUAGACCCCCUACGAGUAGAAAAGAAUUAAAUCAAUAUUACAGCAACAUCGGCGUUGUCGUGGAAGAAGUGGUUACAAAAAGACGUGUGAGCGCGUGCUAUGCAUUGCAUUGAAUCGUAAUGGCAGGGUAUCGGCAGAAAUGAGCUCCGAAUGACUUUAGGCACUUGCGUGUAAUAACAAGACAAACAGGUGUAUUACAUUGUACUGCAUUAACAGACUGAAAGCGAAUCGAAUGAGCGCUGUACAAUGUUGUACUAGAGAAGACUGGAUUUUAUCAGAAUAGCCCGUGUGACAUACAACCUAAACUGAGUCCUGUAACGCACCCGUAAAGGGAGUGCUGCGAUCUCUACCGUGUUGUCGGCUUGACGACUAACUUCACCCACUAGCGUGCGCCCACCAUAUAGGCGUGCGUUGCUGAUUGCCGAGCCAUGCCGCGUUUACCUCAAUGUGUGUGUAAGCUCUAUUUCCAAUCCAGCGCGCGCUAAGAAGCCUAUUUCGGCACCCGUCGUAGCGUCUAACUUCAAUCUAUUGCUGCUGCUGCUGCUGCUGCGACCGUUUGUCCUGUAUAUAAUCACAGCCAAAAUGGAUCCGUUAAGUGCCAGAAUGAUAGUGGAAAGCGAAGAGGCGUCGCAGUGUCUCGUGCCUGACACCCGAACAUCCUGUCUGCUUAUCGACGAUUCACAACUCAAGCCGGUCGCCCUGGAAGAUGAGCGAAUGCCGUCGGAGGAGCUUCCUGCACCUAACGCACGCUUUCUUCUAGGCACAACUGAAGCCAGUGAUGGAUACUGGCAGGCUCCGACACGGUUUUCAAAAAAUGCGGGUGCUAUGAAUCCUUCGAAAUUUCAUAUUUUUUGGGACAAAGCCUAUUUCGCAACUGCUGUUGGAGCACUUCGUCUUUCAAUAAUGGGAUGUAUGAUGUUUGCUUUUCUCUUGCUUAGCUUCUUCAAGGGCGACAGCUGUCACGCGAGCCCGAGGUCAUCACACAGUGAGACUUCUAGUACCACAACAACAUCAUCUGUCGGACCAACAAUAGGGGACAAUGGCUUCUGGGUCUCUCGAUACGUGACGCCAAGCCCAAAUCCAACACCGACUGAGACAGCACUGACCGGUUCUUCCCUUUCACUCAACGUGCAUUUGUUCAUUUGUUCUGUGACAUUUGCCGCGAUGCUUGCGUGGAUCGCCGUGGACAAUUCGUCGUUCAACUAUCGGUUCCCCUUUAAAUGGAGACUAUUCGACUGCUGCGUGUAUUGUAAGCUAAUAUUACUCUCGCUGAUAUCGGCCUCUGUUCUUGUGAACACACGAAAUCAUAGUUCACUUGCGGAAAAAUGCAAAAGUUCCAUCGGGAAGCUGGACAUGGCCAUCGCAUUUUCAUUCUUGGCUGUGGUUAUUAUGCUUACGCUGGUCACCUUACGGCUCUUUGACAAAGACGCCCCCCAACCAACUCGAAGCACCGCCGGCGCUUCUAAUCGUUUACAGUGGAUUCAUAGACGAUUCUCAAGAUCGAGGCAGACCAGAAUUCUUCUGCAGCAGGUGGCAUAAACUUUGUAACGAUGGAAAUAUUCAAGUGGCGUUCAACGAUUCUAUUUAAUAGUGAAAUGGAUGGGAUAAAAUGGCCCCAUGUUAGAGAAGAGACUAUUCUAAAUACUAGCGUCCCAUAGAUAGAUAGAUGACUUAAACGAAAUGAUGGCAAGCGCAACUGAUUCAGUUUUUUCAUGAGAUAUGUAGAGCUACUACACAACAAAGCCCAGAGGCUUUCAACCAUGAAUAUCUGAUAUAACGCACACAGAAAUACAUAGAGCUGAAAACGCUUUUUUUUUUCAUUAUUAGAAAUAGUCAAGGUCAUUUGCAUGCUAUUAGGACGAAAACCGGCAGCGUAUCUCUAACAAACCAAACACUGCUACACGGAAGUUAUGUCCUAAUGCUUUCCGUUAAACAGAUGUAUAUAGAUUACGCUAGCAUAUGGCUAGAAGUUUUCUAUGGAUCUAACCCGAUCGACAAGGUAAGCAAGCGUAGUCCUAAUAACCAAGAUCAUGAAAGCAUGUAAAUUCUCUGGUUCUACGUCAUUCUGGCCAUGCUAUGCGGCCUUUGGCCGGAAUAAAUUGUUAUAUAUAUAUAUAUAUAUAUAUAUAUAUAUAAAAUUUAUUUAGAAUUUUAUUGUGUUGUUCUCCGCUAAAUGUGCGGCCCUCGCGUAAAUGAGUGGCGUUGAGAAGCCGUUUGUUGGCUCGCCGAUAUUUUUAGACGAAACGAUCAGGGUUCGAGCGUGAUGCGGUGCAGUUUCAAUGAAAUGAACGUGUUCAGCUUGUGAUCGACGGGGACGAUGUUUCCUAGCUGAAUAGCGUAAUCAUAAAAUGUUUGUUGGUUUAUUUACUAUUGCUAUGGGCGUAUAGCACGCAUAUACCGAAAUCUAGAUGACGAUUUCUUGGUAAGCAGACGAUCUAAAUCAUGCCGAUGGGUAAACAUGAAUAGAAAAUAAUGCUCAACAUAAGCCAGGGUAGUAGCUGGAUAAUAGAUAAAUGUGGUUGACCUAUGAGUAUAGCUUCAUAAAACGUAUAGAUUUAGAUUAACAUAGCUAUUCCACUGAAUAGAGCCCAGUUAGAAUUUUCGACUGUAAGUUUUAACUCGAUAGAAUUAAGUCGACAAAUUUUAUAAAAAAAAAAAAAAAAAAACAUCUGUCAUUAUUAUUAGUACCAACUAUAAUCUAAAUAUGACUAUCUUUGACAAGGCUGAAAUAAGUAAAUUUCCUGUAAAAGGCUGGAUUCAUAAAGCAUAUCACAACUAUACUGAUAGUUGCAAUGACAACUAUAACACAGUCGAUCCUGUUUUGUCUAGGUAAGUAAAUCUCGGGUUGUUUGCAUGUAGACUUCAGUCGUUCAUACGCGAAAUCGUGUUAUCGCGUUUUUAAGUUGCCAAUGUGUACAGACAAAAAAAAAGGACAUUUUUCAGAUGGCCUACGUUAAUUUAUCUUGUGUCCAGUGUAAAAUUACUUUGCGUAUAGGACAAAUUCCUUGACGGAGCUAGCCUUUGAGGAGUAGUAGCAGAAUUGGUGGCAAAAUGCUAGAAGGCAUGAAGAACUCAUAUAUAAUACAUCCAUACACACACAUAACCUUUCUGUACAUAUAUGAAAUUGAAGACUAUAAUAGUAUCAGGAGGUAUCGAUCAGCACAAUAGAACCUGAGACACCCAACGACAAAACAAAAGAAAAACAUAUAACUCGUUACUUUAUUCCAAGUGGUUACGCAAAUAGACUUCGGAAAGGCCGUCGAGUUUCGUUGAUGCUUUGAAAUAUACAUAUGGCAUCCAUUAUGAAGUUUCAAGAGAGAGUUCAAGAUCAAUUGCUUUUAUAUGGGGACACCAACCGACAAAUGCUACAGAAAAACAGCGAUGCUACAACAUGCUUGGAUGCAAUAAUAGCUGUGGGCGUCUUGACCUAUCCACGGUCUUCCGGUCGAACUUCCGCCGCAGCAAAUGAUGACGAAACAUCCAAGACAUUAAAAACAUGACCAAAAAGAAGGCCGAAAGAUAUGUUACCUCACGACAAUGAUAACGAGGUCGAAAUCAGUGAUUUAUCGAAAUGGGUCGUCAUUUGAAAAUCCACUGAAAAUCUCAAUGAUAUUUAGAGUAAAAACACAACGCCACAAUCUAAGUACAUUAACAAUACAAAUGUUUGAAGACAUGGAAGCAUUAUAGUCUCAUUAUAUAAUCAAGAAGUUAAUUUUGCAUAUAUAUAUAUAUGAAAUAAGUGAAUUCCUUCACCUUUUUGUAUUAUUUUUUUCGUUCGUGUACCAAACAGUUUCAUUAGAAAAGGGCGAACCGAGGAUGACCGCCACGCUCAACGUCCUGUUUCCUUUCCUACACGCAGGGCAUUUUCCACUUCGUCUGCAGCGCUGCGCGGUCAGGAUGGGCCGAAGACGGCCCUAUUUAACACUCAUGGAAAAUUAAUCAAUAUACCAAAUACGUCUCGGUACGCGCUAUUAUCAGACGGGUAUGAUAAAGUGCAUAGCCACGUGUGUGUGUCAUACUGUCAUAAAUUAUAAGAAGAAAUAUAGACGAUUACGAUAUAAAUAUAUACGAAUCUAUUUUUAGUAAUCGACAGUAGGCUUUUUCGUAGCAAAACAAUAUUAGCUAAUAGUAGUAAUUAGUCACCACAUUUUGUCAAACUAGUUGUUGACAAAACUCAGCCAGAUGCUCGUGGUAAAUCACAAAUACGAUGCGACGCCAUACGGAUCCCAUUGCUUCGAAAACGAUAUUUUAAAAAAUACAAGAGAAAAUUGAAGUUACGUUCUAGGAAAUGAAGACCGCAUUCUAUCGCACUGAAGUGCCGAACGAAACGAAAGUGAGUACUAUCCGACGAUAACGUUGGUGCCGACCUAUUGUCAAUGCGGUGGUAUCGAUACUGUUAUAUAUAGAAGUAUAGAUAAACAGAUAUACGUACUAAUAUUGUAACCAUGUCAGAAUAUAUAUGUACGGAUCUAUGGUCUAAUCUAAGCGUGGUAUUUCUAUCCACGUUUGCAUUAUGUAUAUGUGAAAUUGUCAAAAGAAAAAAACUCUGACCGUUUUAAUAUCCAUAUUGAAGCAAAUAUUUUUCCUUUUCAAAUUAAUAUUGCAAAAUUAGAUAAGCGUCGUUUUCGCCAACGAUUUUCCGAUAGCAAUUGAAUUUCCUCGUUUUGAAACUUUCGGGCGAAAAAUUCUAGCAGGUGAUCUGAGCUAACUAAAUGAGUACCGCCUAGGGAUUUCCGUAGGCCCGGACUAUACGGCAAAUGUAUUAUAGUUUUUUCAUCGAAGCUUUCCCAGCUUUUGUGGGGUAACUAAAUGUAUGUGCAUUGCCAUCAUAAAAGACGACGCUUUUUGUCUUUAUUAAUUAUGAUCAGUUUUUCUCAGCUAUUGUAGUAUUGAUAGCUGAUGAUAGUGAAAAUCGGAAUCGAUUGUUUUGGUAUGGGGUAGUAACUCACAAUGUACGAUUCCUCUACAUUUCCACUAAACACAUGGUAUCAGCUUGUUUGGCGUCGGUCACGGCUUCGUUACAUAGUGUGUUGAUUCUCUUUUUGAUAAACGUUUCAUCGCAUGUAAUUAAAAAAUGUAGUAACCACAAAACAGUUUAAAUUUUGUUGCGUUAAGAGCCUCGCUGAUAAAAGUACCACUUCGUGUGGUACCUAAACAUCGACAGUUUUUUUCGGUACGCUCUCCAAAACCACGUGAUAGUGGAUGUCCAGUUCCUUGGGGAUACCAUGGCUACCGAUGCGCCGGUGUCGCUUAUAUUUCGCAAUAAAUUCAUUAGCCUUUUCCGUAAUUGGUCGACCGCUUCAAGGCAAAGUUUCGGUAUUAUCUUUGGGCCGCUUCUUCUGACAACGCAUCUUGACCAUAAAAAUAACAUUAUCUUAUAGACCUUAGAUAGAUCAAACGGUAAAGUAUAGGUAAUGUUCGCAUACAUUUUAUUCAUCUUUAUAAUAAUAUGGGCAUAAUAAGGGCACUCCAACAAUUUUGGGGCACAGCCUGGAAUCGGUUUUUAAAGACGCGACUCAUUAUUUGAGAUACGUGAUAGCUAGAGAAAUGGUCAACAUUUUUUUGAC